CUCACCCUCCUACUGGUGUUUGAAGUUCGCGACUAAUUUAGACGAGACGACCAUUCACUCCCAGUCUCUAUAGCCACCCGCCACCUUCCCUCUUUUGAUUUCACGUUUCCUAUUCCUCAGCCCCCUCGAGGCUACCAUGUCCCGACCAAGGGCUGUGCGCGAUGACCUCUGGAUUGAAGAGGAUGCCAAAGUCAAUGUUGACUAUCUUGCACAUUCCUGGACGUAUGAUGAGAUGUGGGCUACUAGGAAACAUGUUCGCCAGAUAAACCAGCACAGUCUUGUUAGAUGUCGAUUCGAAAAUGCUCUUUGGAGGGCAUGGCUGGCUUCUACCAGGCAAACUAUUCGCAUGCCAGCGGCGUUUAUCUCAUGGGACAAAGACAGCGAUAUUACCUGGCUCUACGGUCCACUAAAGACUAGCAGAAGCCCCAGUCCAACACCGAGUGAGGCACCCCCGACACAAGCUCCUAGAAAGCCUUCCCUGAAGCGAAAGCCCAGCAUUUGGGGACUUUCAGAAGAUGCUCCAACUUCCAACGACUCUACAGAUGGAAAGUCGCUACUUGGCCGGUUCUGGAGCAUAACCAUCCAUUCAGUCCCUAGUAUAAUCCUUAGCUCGCGCGAAAACUGGAACAAGCGAAGAAAAUGCCGCGUUCGAUUCGAAGAAGAGGUACAACAAUACCAGUACGCUCGUGACGGAAACACAUUAUCGCAAUACAGCUACAACUACAACUAUCCUUAUUUCUUGGAAGAGGCUGGACUUUAUGGAAGCUAUCAGUGCCAGCAAACAAUCGAACCGCUACCGUCAACCUUCUUCACUGGCUACGAAACGCUUCCCCCAGCGGACUCGGGCCACUAUUAUUCCAUGUCGAAUUUCCUUGAGGAGCUGGAGUAUGUCCUCUCUGCCUUUGCUCAUUGGCCUUCUAUACCACCUAGAGUUACUUGAUUCGUUGAUCAGCGCUGAUAUUUGAAUGAUAGUGAGGUGAUAUGAGUAUUAUCGCCGAGAAGCAUUUUGGGUAAAGUAGAGAAAUGGGGCAUAAUUAGAUGGUACAGUGG